UGAUAACUUGCUCAAGGUCGUCGAUAUGUUUUGAUUAUAGUAUUCGGGACCGCUCUUAGUUCCUUCCAUCCUCAUUUUUCGCAAUUCCAUGUAUUUUAGCAUGUUAAUCACACUCCGGAGUUUAAAACUACCUGUGGUCGUAUUGAUGUGUUUUUAGUGUGUAAUUAAACCCCUAAUGGUUCUCCCUCGUGGUCUACUGAAAAUCCACGGUCGUUUCCUCCAUAUUUAUGGCCGUGACAUUCCAUCCAAUAUCCCACUGCCCCCAUACAUCACUAAUAAGGUUGACCUGACGCUAUCUACAAUAGCUGUGCAGAGUGAACGUAAUAUCAGUGAAUGUAAACGAGCAGGUUCAAUAAUCCGCCAGAUAUUUAAUGAUCUUGAAAAGUUCAUCAGACCGGGUUUGUCUACUCAAGAUAUUGAUGAUUUCGUAUUUAAUCAGUGUCUGAGUAAGUCAGUCUACCCAUCGCCGUUAGGAUAUAAAGGUUUCCCAAAGUCGGUCUGCACGUCGGUAAAUGAAGUUGUUUGUCAUGGAAUCCCAAAAGAAUCGCAAAUACUAAAAUUGGGUGACAUUAUGUCGGUGGAUAUAUCAGUUUAUAAUGGUUAUGUCCAUGGUGAUGCUUGUCACACCUUUGUAGUUGGUGUGGAUAGUUACUCUGAUUAUUGUGAUCUGGAAGCUGGUGCACGGAUAAAAACUGCUGUCUACUUGUGCACUGUUGCUCAAAAGUGCCGUGAUGCUGGUAUCAGUGUUUGCGGCCCAAAUGCUCUUUAUACAUCUAUUGCGGAAGCAGUCACGAAAUGCGCCGAUGCAUUUCAGUGCCGGGUUGUGGUAGGCGUAUGUGGACAUGGAAUCGGCCCAUUUUUGCAUGGACCACCAAAAGUAGUACAUUCAAUCCAUGAGUUAGCUUCCCAACCACUGGCACGUAUGCUACCUGGACAUACGUUCACCGUUGAACCAUGUAUUUCUCUUCCUCUCAACAAGUCUGGGGUAAAAUUCAAACGGAACACAAGUUUCGCAGUUCCUGUUAUCUUGGAAGAUGGAUGGACAGUGGUCACUAGUGACAAAGCUUUGACAGCUCAGUUUGAACAUACCAUUUCAAUUACAAAUGAAGGUUGCAUAAUACUAACGUGAUUUAUAGUGUUUUUUUCUUUAUCAAUGGAUUCAUUCUGUUGUUGCGUUGUUGAAGUUGAUCUAUGACUCAAUAAUUUUUAUAUUUACUGGUACAUAGCUUAAUUUUACUCAUUUGUAUUUUAGAAGCGAUACUCGAAAGUAUACUACUUUUCCAUAC